AUGACAUCUCGGCUAGGACAAUUGAGUAAACAAAUCUUCAACAUGGCUGCCAAGACCAAGACCGAUAUCCACUUGUACACCACCGGUACCCCCAACGGCAUCAAGGUGUCCAUUCUCCUCGAAGAGCUCGGCCUGGAGUACCAGGUCACGCCCAUUGACAUCUCAAAGAACACUCAAAAGGUUGGCAUCUCAGAGACCUCCAUUUGUUCAGUAGCCCGAGGGUCUACUUUCAACCCCUCUAGAGGCCAUUAUGCUAAUGCACGAGUGCAGGAGCCCUGGUUCCUGGAGAUCAACCCCAAUGGACGUAUCCCUGCCUUGACCGACAAGUUUGAAGAUGGCAAGACCAUCCGCCUGUUUGAGUCGGGAAGUAUUUUGCAGUACCUGGUCGACCGCUAUGACAAGGACCACAAGGUCUCUUAUCCCUAUGGCUCGCGCGAGUACUGGGAGGUGAACAACUGGCUGCACUGGCAGAUGGGUGGCCUUGGUCCCAUGCAGGGACAAGCCAACCACUUUAAGCGCUACGCACCCGAGAAGAUCCAGUACGGCAUUGACCGUUACACCAACGAGACCCGCCGUCUGUACCGCACCAUGGACACAGCGCUCGCGGCAAACCCCAGCGGCUACCUCGUCGGUGACCGCGUGACUAUUGCCGACAUCGCCAGCUGGGGCUGGGUGGCGGCGAGCAAGUGGGCUGGUAUCGACCUGGACGAGUUCCCCGCGCUCAAGGCGUGGCUGUUCAAGCUGGUGGAGAGGCCCGGCUUCGAGCAGGGCCGCCACGUGCCAUCCAAGCACACGGCGCUGGACCACUUCAAGAUGACGGAUGAGGAGCUCGACGAGAAGGCCAAGGGGGCUGCUGCGUGGAUUCAGCAGGGGAUGAAGGAUGAUGCUGCCAAGAAGUGA